AUGGUCUCCUCCAAGCUGUUGACUGGCGUUCUCGCCUUGCUGUCGGUUGGCGUCGCCAACGGCAAAGUGUGCUAUCCUACUCGUUCUACUACAUUGUCAACUGAGACUACCACCUCGACUGCCGAGUCUUCAACGGCUACCGAGUCAUCAACGGUCGAGACCACCACUUCUUCGUCGAUUGAAACCAGCACCUCUUCGACCGAGUCCUCAAGUGUCGAAACUACCACCACUUCGACUACUGAGUCUUCAUCUGCCGAAACAACCACAACCUCCGCUACCGAAUCCACAACGGCUACGUCGACCGUCAGCACUGAUGCGACAACCUCUUCAGCUGAGACAUCUUCAACCUAUAUCACCAUCACUUCCACCACAGCAAGCUCGACCGAGACCGAGACCGCAAGCACAUCCACUUCGACCUUCUUCCCUGCUGGUCUAUUCCCAUGCGAAGAUGAUGCGGAUUGCGAUCUGCAAGGCGGAGUGUGCGAUCCCCAGCGCUGCGGCUGUAUCAACCUAAUGUGCUACCUCAAGACGACGACGAUGGCGACAAUGACCACCACCGCCUUGCCCCAGUUCGCAUGCGGUAGCGAUACUCAAUGUAUAGGUGCUUCAUUCUGUUUGGAUCAGGGUGUUAAUAUCUGUGCCUGCGUCAACGCAUUGUGUGCCGUGACGAUGACUGGAGAGGAAACGCCAUUCGACUGCCUCGAAAUGGACAUGAGUUACGCUAGUACUUUUGAAGCCGCAUUUGCGGACCCAAAGAACACGGCCAUCACUACUCCCGAUGCGGAUGUAAACGCCAUCAUCAGCAACAACUACACUGUCGAUGAGCCAUUUACUUAUACCAAGUCCCUUCUAUGGCAUAUGGAAGUGAAGAAGGCGCAGGCCCCAGACAAAUACAUCAGUCAUGUCGUCCGCCCCGGGAGUUUGAAGGUGGUCGACCGUACUGAGGAGGGCCUCAUUGAGUUCACCCGCAUUACGGACCAAAGGAUGUGGAAGCAUCCCGAUCAGUACACCACAAUUAUUGAGCGCGUUUGCCUCGAUCAUGUCAACAAAAAGGCAUUCUUCCUUGGAAUGGCAGAGGCAACUCUUCCUGACGGCACCAAAAUCACGAGUGGGGAAAAGCAGCCAUUGUUUCACGUUGAACACUGCGCGGUUGGGAUUCAAUGA